AUGGGCGACGCCGCCGCGCCGCUGGCCGAGGCCCUCCAAAGCGCAGCGGCCUGGGCCGGCCAAGCGACGACGAACCUGGGCCGCCCGCCGACGAGCCCCUGCUGGUCCCUCGUCGUGCCGACCGUCGCCGUCGCCACGACGAUCCUGCUGAAGGAGGACCGGCCGCGAAAAGCAGCCGAGCAGCGGCCGGUCCCGGGCGCGACGUUUUAUGACGCGAUGCGCCUCCGGUCGGCCGUCUCAUUUAUUCUCGAGUUAAUGUGCUGCAUGCUAGCCUACGCUGUAUCCUAUCUGAGACGACCAAAAACCGAGAAGGACGUCGUCGCGAUCUACUGCGGCUUCGGCUUCAUCCCCGGCGAAAAGAAUGGGUGGGACGGCAAUGCCCUAAAGCGGGGCGCGGGCGGCUCGGAGCAGUGCGCCAUCCGGUUAGCAAGGGGCCUCGUGCACCGGGGCCGGCGCGUCACCGUCUACUCCGGACGGAUGAAGCGCUCAAUUAAUAUCGAGGGCGUCACGUACGCGCCGGCGGCGAGCUUCGACGUGCGCGGCACGUAUAACGCCGUCGUCGUCUGGCGCGUGCCCCAGAUUUUACUGGUCCAGGCCUGGCUCGGGCGGUCGCUGGACACGAAAGCUCUCAGUUUUUGGAUCCACGACGGCUCGUAUCUAGCCAUGCUCCACGCCGCCGGUUCUACUUUCCGCGCGCAGAUACGACGGGCCGUGCGCGUCGCCGACGCCGUCGUGUAUCCGAGCCGCGAGAUGCGCGUCGCGCAGUUCGGCGCGCUCUUUCCGUCUUCUGAUUUUCAUGAUGGCGGCCGCGACGUCCUCUCAAAAGCGAUGGUCGUGCCGCACGGCGUACCGCGCUACUUCGAUGACGUCGACGAUGUCGAAAGGCGGGACGGCUGGCUGCUCUGGCCGGUGUCGCCCGAGCGCGGCCUCGCCGAAUUAUUGAGGAUGCUGCCGGCCUUGCGACGCGCCGUGAAAUCAAGGGGAGGCGACUUCCGGGUGGUCGUGUGCCACCUGCGGGGCGGCUACCACGAAAACACAAAACUGGAGCUGCCGGACGACGUCGUCUUCGCGGGGAUGCUACCACCAAAACGGCUCGCGGCGAUGCUGCGGAGCUGCGCGCUCUUCGUGUUUCCGUCGGCCGUGCCCGAGGCUUUUAGCCUGGCGACGUGGGAGUGCGCGCUGCACGGCGUGAUUCCCGUCGUCUACGGCCUCGGCGCGCUCGCGGCGCUCGGGCGCGUCGGCUGCCCCUGCGUCGCGCCCGGCGACGCGGCGGCGCUCGAGGCCGCGGCCGUCGAACUGCUGGCGGCGCCGGACGCGGCGGCGGCGCGGCGGCGGGACGUCGUCGCCCGCGCGCGCGCGGCCGCGCGGGACUGGGCCGGGACGGCGCGCUUCUGGGAGGCCACGGCCCUGCGGGCGCCGUCCUAA